GCGGUACCGCAUUUUGUGGAAGGAUUUCACGGACUUGCAAAAACGUGCAAACUGACCCAACUCACUCCAUCCACGGAAUACGUGUUACGCGUCAUGGCUGAGAAUAGCUACGGUACAAGCCCAUGGAGUUCGAUUGUGACUGCAUCAACCUCUGGUAGUCCACCUCCCACUCCGCGAACUCCGCAUCUUGUAAACAGCGGAGUCCAUUCGCUCACCUUGGCGUGGUACAGUAGCAAUAGCGGUAGCAACAAUGCAAACCAACAGCAGCAGCAACAACAACAACAACCGACACCCAACGGUCCGACUAUCAGCUAUACGCUGGAAAUGGAAGACGAAGCGAUGGGACACGGAUUUGUGACCGUGUUUGACGGCACGGGAACAGAGCAUUGUGUGGGCAAUUUGCGCCGGAACACGCGUUACCGAUUUCGAUUGGCUGCCGCAAAUGCGGACGGUCGUAGUCGAUGGAGCGAGGUGGUCACCCUGUCCACACUGCCCGAUCGUCCCACUACGCCAAGGGCCAUGCGGCUAUCCGGUCCACCUCUUUCUAACCGUUUGAGUCUUGUCUGGGAUGCACCGGAAGAUGACGGUGGUCUGCCUAUUCAAGCUUAUCGUCUCGAAGUUCGUCUGCCGUAUGUGCCGUCAGCGGACAACACAGUCCAAUCCAGUCACAUGUCAGAUACCUGGUCAGAUAUGAACAAAUCGUUGUUGGGAACUGGUGUGGACAAGUUGCUCUGUUGGCCACGGGCUAUUGGUUAG